GAGAGGCUCGUGGAGUGUGGGGAGAAGUCGCCGAGAUGAAGGUGAAGAUGCUGAGCCGGAAUCCGGACAACUACGUCCGCGAGACUAAGUUGGACAUACAGAGAGUUCCAAGAAACUAUGAUCCUGCCUUACAUCCUUUUGAGGUUCCUCGAGAAUACGUAAGAGCUCUAAAUGCUACCAAACUGGAACGGGUGUUUGCAAAACCAUUCCUUGCUUCCCUGGAUGGUCACCGAGAUGGAGUCAAUUGCUUGGCGAAGCAUCCAAAGAGCCUGGCUACUGUCCUUUCUGGGGCAUGUGAUGGAGAGGUUAGACUCUGGAACCUGACGACACGAAAAUGUAUCCGCACAAUCCAAGCACAUGAAGGCUUUGUACGAGGAAUAUGCACUCGCUUUUGUGGGUCUUCCUUUUUUACUAUUGGAGACGACAAAACUGUGAAACAGUGGAAAAUGGAUGGACCAGGCUCUGGAGAAGAGGAAGAGCCACUGCAAACAAUAUUAGGAAAGACAGUGUAUACUGGAAUUGACCACCACUGGAAAGAAGCGGUUUUUGCCACAUGUGGACAGCAAGUGGACAUUUGGGAUGAGCAAAGAACCAGUCCGAUUUGUUCAAUGACCUGGGGAUUUGACAGUAUAAGUAGUGUUAAAUUCAACCCAAUUGAGACUUUUCUCUUGGGAAGUUGUGCUUCUGACAGGAAUAUAGUACUAUAUGAUAUGAGGCAAGCUACUCCUCUGAAAAAGGUUAUUUUAGAUAUGAGAACAAAUACAAUCUGUUGGAACCCUAUGGAAGCUUUUGUUUUUACCGCAGCCAAUGAAGAUUAUAACUUGUAUACUUUUGACAUGCGGGCACUGGACACACCUGUAAUGGUGCAUAUGGAUCACGUGUCUGCGGUGCUUGAUGUGGAUUACUCUCCUACCGGGAAGGAGUUUGUGUCCGCUAGUUUUGACAAGUCUAUUCGAAUCUUUCCUGUGGACAAAAGUCGAAGUAGGGAAGUGUAUCACACAAAGCGAAUGCAGCAUGUCAUCUGUGUUAAGUGGACUUCUGACAACAAGUACAUUAUGUGCGGCUCUGAUGAAAUGAACAUUCGCCUGUGGAAAGCUGACGCUUCUGAAAAACUGGGUGUGCUCUCAUCCCGAGAAAAAGCAGCCAAGGAUUACAAUCAGAAACUGAAGGAGAAGUUCCAACAUCACCCUCAGAUAAAACGGAUCGCUCGCCACCGCCAUCUCCCCAAGUCCAUCUACAGUCAGAUUCUGGAGCAGCGGGUCAUGAAAGAAGCGCGCCGACGGAAGGAAGUGAAUCGGCGUAAGCAUAGCAAGCCUGGAUCUGUGCCCAUUGUACCCGAGAAGAAGAAGCACAUCGUGGCCGUUGUGAAGUAGAAUUUGGUACUCCUGUCAGUCUUGGUAUCUAAGGGGCCUGUUCUGCUGUGACAGGUGGGCUCCACAAAUAAGAGUGCUGGCUCCCGUUGAAUGACGAGCACUUAGCUUUUGUGUAAAGCUUUAUCAGUGCUCCCUUUGGCUUCCUUGCGAGAUUAUCCUUAAAGGUACCUAGGUGCUAGGACCAGCGAACGAACGUUCUUCCUCAUCCUGCUUUCACCUUUCGUUGGAGAAUACAACAUUUGCAAGCCCACUUCAUUUUCGCUGUUAGGAAUUAGGAUUUUAUUUUCUCUGACCUUUUGUGGUUGACACUGCGCAUUUAAAUUCACACUCGAGACCAAGCAUCUUUGCUCCCCUCGUGGCAGCUUGGGUAGACUGCCGUGAUUCUGCCUUUGAUUUCAUAUAACUUUUAGAAGUAACUCAGUACUUUUUUCAACUGAGAUUAUUGUGUGUGCUUAUUUAUUUGGGGGCUUUUCGAGACUUUAAAGGGGAUCAUGACUGACCUGCAUUUAUGUAACUUUGACAAGUCCAGAUAAUAAAACCUCUUUUUUCUUCGUGUUGAGGUUUUGA